AUGGCCCUUUCGCCAAGAAUCCUGUGUUUCCUCUGUGUCCUGUUGGCUUCAACAGCGACCUCUCAAUCUCUUGCCAUAGCCAACGACAACGUCAUCAGCUUACCGAUAAUUUACCCCAUCGAGCCCAUCACCACUGUCCGCGAUCUUAUUUCCCAACACGGCCUCCCAAAGGGACUUCUGCCGGAUUUGGUGAAGUCCUACUCGCUGUCCAGAAAUGGAGACUUCCGGGUGGAGCUUAAAACCACAUGCUACGUUGACGCCGGCGACCUCCUCUACUACGACAAGCGCAUUAGCGGGAAACUCAGGCACGGAGCUAUUUCCCACUUACAGGGAAUCAGAAUACGGAAGCUUUGGUUUUGGUGGGUGAUUGUCACUGAAAUUCAAGCCGAUGAAGAUCGUGUCACCCUCAUUUAUCAGUCCAUUUCCGGUCUUAUUUGGUUUUCUGUUUUUCCCAUUAUGUUUAUGGUUAUGGGGGACUAG